AGUUUACUGCAACAAUAAAAGCGUUUAGGACUUACCGUUUAGUUUAACAACAGUAGUUACCAUUGAUGCCAUACCACUUUUGUUGACAGAAUGAGCUCUCGUCAUUCAAAGGGGCGAAGCUCAGGGGAACAUUCUCGUAAGCGGAGUUAUUACGAUGGCGGAAGCGAUGCAAGCCAAAGAAAACAGUAUAAUCGUCACCGAGAACGAGAACGCGCGGAUAGAGACCCAGCUAGAACAGAUACGCCGUUGUGCGAACAGUGGGACGGAUAUUUUCAGGACAGCGACAGUAUCCACUUCGACCUCACAUUCAACUGGAAACCGUUUAAAUCAACAAUAUGCCGAAUGGUCUUUGGACGUGGCGGCUGGCUGAACCCGGGAACAGUUGUCGCUGACACUCAUAACGAGUUCUGGGCAUUUGUAUCCCGAUUUCUGUCAAAAAUAGCCCAACAAGCACGAGUGAAAGGUUCCAUUGAAAAAUUUGAACUGAAAGAAGCGCUAAAAAGAUUCCAUUGCCGUCCUAAGCACUUCAACAUUGUUAACCGUUAUCGAUACAUCCGAAGCGACAACAAUGACGUUCCGGAAUUGUCAUCUGAUGUUCUAAAGAGUGUACAUUAUUUUGUACUUUGCUAUAUUGAUUUUCUGGAGAAGCAAGAACUUCAGAAACUUAGAAAAUUACGACAGAGCCAGGCAAACCUUCCGAUUGCAAAUUAUCGCCAACGUAUUCUGGACGCUCUCCACAGCCAUUCUUUGGUUGUUGUUAGUGGUGAUACUGGUUGCGGGAAAUCUACUCAGGUUCCUCAGUAUUUAUUAAAGGCUGGUUUCGAUAAAAUUUGUUGCACGCAGCCGCGACGGAUUGCUUGUAUCUCCUUGUCGAAACGAGUGGCUUUCGAAACUCUCAAUGAAUACGGAUCUCAGGUGGCGUAUCAAAUUCGUUUCGAGAAGACCAAGACAGCUCACACAAGAAUCGUUUUCAUGACCGAAGGUCUGCUUUUGCGUCAGAUCGGAACCGACCCACUGCUGUCGCAGUACGAUGUCCUUGUUUUGGAUGAAGUGCAUGAACGGCAUCUGCAUAGUGAUUUCUUGUUGGGUGUGGUUCGUUGUUUGAUGGAGCAGCGGCAAAAUUUAAAGAUCAUCCUUAUGUCGGCCACGAUUAACAUAGAGUUGUUUGCCACAUAUUUCAAUGAUGCACCCGUUAUUCAGGUUCCCGGAAGGCUGUUUCCCAUACAAGUUGUUUAUACUCCAGUAUCUGUCGAAUCGCGAUCUUCUUCCUCUGCUCGAUUAAACCCAUUGCCUUAUGUUAGGAUACUGCAAAUGAUUGACAAGAAGUAUUCCGAAAAAGAGCGCGGCGAUGUUCUCAUGUUUUUAAGUGGAAUAAACGAGAUCACUACUGUUGUGGAGGCGGCUAACGAGUAUGCGCAGCAGACGAGACGGUGGAUUAUUCUUCCUCUCCACAGCAGCUUGUCACUCAGAGAGCAAGAUAAAGUGUUUGAUAUUGCUCCAGAUGGGAUUAGGAAAUGUGUUAUUGCCACAAACAUUGCUGAAACCUCCAUUACUAUCGACGGCAUUCGCUUCGUUAUUGAUUCAGGACGUGUGAAGGAGAUGAGCCAUGAUCACAAAUACCGGAUGCAGCGGUUACAGGAAUUUUGGAUCAGCCAGGCUAGCGCAGAGCAGCGCCGGGGGCGAGCGGGACGCACUGGUCCUGGAGUCUGUUACCGCAUGUAUCAGCAGUCUGAUUAUGACGAAUUUUCCCCGUAUUCUACUCCUGAAAUUCAGCGCGUUCCCUUGGACAGCUUACUGUUACAGAUGAUUGCCAUGGGUUUGACGGAAGUGCGUAAAUUUCCUUUCAUUGAACCUCCAGACGAUACUGCCAUUGAACAGAGUCUCAGUAACUUGAAAAGUCACAAUGCAAUAACGACAAAAGAAGAAAUCACUCCAAUGGGAAAAAGUUUAGCCAAACUUCCACUGGAUGUUAUGAUUGGAAAAAUCCUAGUUUCUGGAUCUUUAAUACUGAGACUGUUAGAGCCGGUGCUCUUCAUAACGGCUGGACUAAGCGUCCAGUCGCCCUUCACCAACCGUGCAUUUCGGGAUUUGGAAUCGCAGAAAUUAUUGGAACAGCUAUUUUCAGACCAUGGCGAUGCGCUUUGCAUCAUUCGGGUGUUUCACGCUUGGCUGGAAGAAAAACGACGACAGACGGACAAGAAUGAUAAUACCAAACGGUGGUGUCGAAAGCGGGGAGUCGAAGAACAACGGCUUUAUGAGAUGACUAAACUAACUGGGCAGUUUCGAGAAAUUCUUCAGGAACACGGGCUACUGGACAUGAAGAAGAUUUUGGAAGAAAGUUUAACAGAUCGAUGGCAGCGAAAAGGCGAAUUAAAGCAAUUGCGAUUUCUGAAACGAACCGCUCAGAAGACCAGCAAGAGUCGAAAGAUGCUGAGCCUGGAAGAGGACGCAGGCGCCAGCGAUCAAGAGAAGGACAGCGACGAAGUUGACAUACAAAACAUUGAUUUUCAGUUGCAAAAUGACCGGUCAAACGUAGAUGAUAUGUUUGACGCAACCACAGAUCUUACUCAGCAUGAGAAUCAGAUUCUCAAGAUGAUCUUGUGCAGCGGCUUGUAUCCGAACAUUGCAAUUGCGGACGAGUGCAACAGCUAUAAAGUUGGUCAAGACCAAAUUUUUCAUACAAAAUCCAAACCAUAUGUGGUUUUGCACCCCACUAGCAUUUUUGCAUUGCGCCCGGAAAUUCUGCUGGUUAGUGAAACGGAGAUUUUUCGCCCAACGGAUAGUGCGGGACUAACAAGGCGAGAAUCAUUCAGCGAAGGUCAUCAGUUGCUUUUUUACGUCUCUUUACUGGAAACCAACAAACCUUAUCUGAUGAACUGCAUGCGGGUUCCAGCAUUGCAUACUAUGUUGCUUUUUGCUUCGUCUAUCGAUUCGAAUGGAGAUUGUUCCAGGCUCGUGUUUGAUGGAUGGAUAGAAAUGCAUGUUCAUAAUAUCGAAGAUGCUCAAUCACUUUUGGAGGCCGCCAUCUGGAUACGAGAAAUAUGGAAUAGCCUCCUAACUUUGCGUUUAUUAGAAUCCGAAGUUUCUGCAACAGAGUUUGGCCGAAAAUCUAAUAAAACUUCAAAAUCUCUGGAAAGGGAUCUCGUAGCAAAGCUAACCAAUUUUGCGGCAUCUCCUGUUCUUUUUUCUAUUAAAAGAUUGUUGGCCGCUGAUAUGAAACUGCUUUAUGUGGGCACUUCUGAAUCGUUUUCUUCGAAUCUGCCAGAAUCGUUGCAUGUGAACAUCAUCAAAGGCGGGGUGACAGCUACACCAUACUUCACGUACCAAUGCCUUGCAGAGAAAGAAAGGUGUACUACAGAUUGCAGCUGGACUUGCUCAAAUUGCGAUCAGUCAUUCAAAGGCUCAGUAUUGGAACGCGUAAUGCACUUUACCGGGUGCAUUUCUGCACAGCCAAAUUUAGAGACCAGUGAAAAAGUCGACGACGACGAAAAACCAAGAAGCGCCCUUGCUAAAGAGUACGCGUGCUCUGAAUGUGGAAAAACCCUGUUGCUGACACCUGCUGAAAUCCUCAAACACCGGAAAACCCACGUUUAAAGCUGAAGUUUGCUCAGGGUGAAAAUGCUCUUUGUGAUAACAAAGCUUUAGCCGCCUUGUACAAAUAUUUUGUAAAUAAAACAAUGACGCCGUAAGGCCCGUAACAAAUUACGUCAGGCCCGGACCAUCACAAA